AUGGAGUCGGCCCCGCUGAUGCUGCGGGGUCGGGCAGGGGAGGGCUCCGUGCGCAGGGGGCUCAGCUCCACGCAGGGGGGCAUUCCUCCACCGUCCAAGACCAAGCCUGUGAUACUCAUCGACGAGGAGGGGCAUCUGAGCUACACCACCCUGCGUAAGCAGGCCCUGAUCACCGACAUGGCCCUCCGGCAUCGCGACAUCCGGGCACUGGAGCCCCAGGUCGCCCUGCCAUACCCGCCGGCCAUCCUGGUGCGGCGCCAGGCCAUCGUGCUGAACCUGGAAGGCCUGAAGCUGAUAAUCGGGCGCGAAAAAGCGCUGGUGCUCAGCGUGCCCGCCCCCGGCGACCUCACCGCGCGCUGCCCCGCGGACCUGGCCAACCCCCUGGUCCAGCAGCUGGCGGCGCACAUCGCCAUGCGCGCCUGGCCCGGGUCUGGGGACGGGGCGGAGGGCGGGCUGGGCGCGUCCUUCAGCGUGGCCACGCUGGAGGAGAUCCGCGGCGGCGCGACCCUGCCCUACGAGCUGCGCGCGCUGGAAGGCGCGCUGCUCUGCCUGGUGCGCGUUCUGGAGCGGGAGGUGGGCGCGCUGGAGCGCGGCGUGCGCCCCGUGCUGGACCGCAUCCGGCGCGGCGUGCUGCGCUCCGACCUGGAGGAGCUGUACGAGUCGCGCACGAGGCUGGUCCGCGGCCUGGCCCGCGUCUCGCGUAUGAAGGAGAUCCUGGAGGAGCUGCUGGACGAGGAGGAGCUGAUGGCGGGGCUCGAGGCGCCCGACCCGGGGGAGAUGGAGGAGUGCGAGGAUCUGGUGGAGGCCUACUGGCUGCAAGUGGACGCCCUCGCUCUCCCGCCCUGGCCCUGCUGCAGGAGCGCAUCGCCGCCACCGGAGCACCUGGUCAAUCUGGACCUGGACGCGCGGCGCAACCAGCUGGUGUCGCUGGGCCUGGCCAUCGACCUCCUGCUCAUGGCCUUCGAGUGCCACAUGGCCCUCACCUCCAUUUUCGGCAUGAACCUGACCUCGGGCCUGGAGCCGCUGCAGCCCUACUCCCUCUGGGGCAUCGUGGCGCUCGGCGCCGGGGCGGGCGCCCUGCUCACCGCAUUGCAGCUGGACCCCGAGGUGGCGGGAGAGGAGUAUCGCAGCGAGGCACGGCGCAGCCAACCGUGCUUCGCGCUGUGA